GCUCUCCAUUUGGCGAUGCGGAAGGGAGAUUCCUCAGCUCUUCCAGUCAUACACCCCCUCCCCUGUAUGAUGUUACCAUUACGCACCACUAUAAUAAGAGGGGACGUGAUUCUCCGGGGCGAAUCCCUGCCGACGUCACUCCCAGUCUCAUAUAAAAAAGACAGAGCAGCCAGUCUGAUCAGACUCAAGCAAAAAGCGCUUUUUCGGCCACUGCAACUCUCCAAGCCAAGGAUUAUUGGAUUUAAUUGCCAGCACCGAAUCCUCGGUAAAAGCACAAUGACUCUGAACAAGGGUGACAAAUUACGGAACAUGGACAAGAGAAGAGGAAGCAUGCCGUUCCCCAUGAAUCUACCGAACCUACACAGGAGAAGCAUGCCCGUGGACGACCGGGACCUGCGCGCCACGAUGCCACAGACGGGGCAAACCGACGAGCUGUCCAACCUCCUGCGCUGCACGUCCUACUCCCCGAACGAGCAGCACCGAGGCAGCUGUGCGUCGGACUCCUCCGACUCUGUGAUCUCCACCGGCAGCGAAGCGGAGUCCCAGGUGUACAAGGUGGUUCUCCUCGGUGAGCACGGCGUCGGCAAGUCCAGCCUGGCGCGCGUCUUUGGGGGAGUUGAGGAUGCUGGUCACGACUGCGAUGAAGCAGGAAACACAUACGACAGAUCUAUGGUGGUGGAUGAAGAAGAGGCAUCCAUUCUGUUGUAUGACAUCUGGGAGCAGGAUAACAGCCAGUGGUUGAAGGAGCAGUGCAUGAGGAUGGGAGACGCUUACAUCAUUGUGUAUUCGGUGACAGACAAAUCAAGCUUCGAGAAGGCGUCAGAGCUGCGCAUUCAGCUGCGCCGAGCCAGGCAGUCAGAGAACAUUCCCAUAAUCCUCGUGGGCAACAAGAGUGACCUGGUGCGGUCCAGAGAGGUGUCUGUAGAUGAGGGAAGUGCCUGCGCUGUGGUAUUUGACUGCAAGUUCAUUGAGACAUCUGCGUCCCUUCACCACAAUGUGCAGGACCUAUUUGAGGGCAUCGUCAGACAGAUUCGCUUGAGGAGAGACAGCAAGGAGGAGAAUGCACGACGCAUGGCCAACUGCAGGCGCAGGGAGAGCAUCGGCAAAAAGGCUAAACGGUUUCUGGGCCGCAUGGUUGCACGCAAGAACAAGAAGAUGGCCUUUAGGCAGAAGUCAAAGUCCUGCCAUGACCUAACGGUUCUCUGAGGAACAGAUGGAACUGACAGACAUUUUUUUCUUUGGCCUCUGAAGACCAGACGCUGUGUGUGUUUUAACACUAACCCUAAAGGACUAAUAGAGCUGUACAGAAAUAUAUUUUUAUUUUUAGACAUCAACCCAAAGCAAAGAGAGGACUUAAUAAAAAAUGAUAUCAUUAUCAUGAUAAUGGAGAUAACAUGCAUGAAGCUUUGCAAACAUUUAUUUUAUUUUCAUUUUACGUUUUUGUUUGCCUUAACCAUGUUGUUGUCAUAAUAUGAUCGGUAUGUAUGAAGAAUGCACAAAGGCUUGUUAUUUCUAAUGAGUUGCAAAGAUUGCCUUGCUGUUGAGGUUUGUUGUUGUUUUGUGCUCCGGUACUGGAGGGAUUGAUGUAUAUAUUGUAACAUGAGUGAUGCUGAAUGCAACGUACAUCUCAUUAUCCUGAAAGACGCAGUCCAGGAUCCCAAUAACUAGGCCAUCAUAAGUUACUUGAAAUGUGGUAGGCUACGCAGGUUCGUGCCUCGGCCAAGUUACUGAGGACUAGAAAAAAGAAAAGAGAAAAAUUCUGCUAUUCUAUGUUGUUCCAUAACAUUGAAUUCAGGUUGUGAAUGUUUCUGUAAAGCAAUAAAUUAUAUUAGUCUUGUGAACCUUGAUAUUAUUUGGAAUUUCUUUGUUUACAUUGAUUUCUUUUUUUCAAUAAAAUAUAAAAUCAAAUC